AUGCGAUCCAAGCGACAGUCAUCGCGGGUGUGCAACCGGUCGAUCUGUUACCGGGCCGAGGUGACGGUCGACCUGACCCUUGAAUCUGGGCAGUGUUGCAUCCGAACGACAGCGUUUGACUCUGUAACUGGCUCGUACACACGUGGUUCGAAGACCUCGUUCCUCAACAAGUUUGAUGUUGGCUCCAGAUACCCAUGUUGGUACGACGAAGACGAUCCGUCGACGGUCAUUCUGGAGAAGAAGUUCCCGUGGGCAGCGCUGAUCAUCUCCAUCUUGCUCGGCUUGUGGUUACUGAUUUCGUUCUGCGUAUUCUGCAUUGGCGGCAUCGGCACGUUCUGUGACUGUGAAGAAAUCUCGGAAGGCUGCGACGCUUGCUGCCCGUGCUGGGACCAGUACGACGGCUGCGUCUGCCCGUCGUGCGCGCCAGCAGCGGCGCCGGCAACAACACGGACGUCGACGUACGGUAACUCGCGCUCGAAUCAGCCGAACCCGGGCUUGUGGAUGGAGUCGCUGUCAUCGUCGUCCGAGGAGCCGCGCCCGUACACAAGCGCGUACGGCGGAGCCGUGCCCAAACCCAAACCCAAGCCGCACAACGAGCCACUGCCGAGCUACACCGGGUUUGGCGGAACAGCCGCCAAUCUGCCGCCGCCGCCGGCAUAUGACGACGUCGUCGUGUAG